UGCCUUAGUACUUCCACUGAUGCCUCAUGCAUCUGUCCCACAGGCCACAGGACUGUAGUUCUGUGAUCUGUGUUCGUAUAAAAUCCAGACUGGAUGAGCAUGUCUGGGAGGCGAUAGCAGCCCCUGGUGCAGCAGGAGACCACCGAUGUGCAGGUCGGUAGCUCGCAGGUUAUACAUUCUGCCGUCAUGGUGGUCAAUCUCUGUCUGCCGCACUUUGAGACCAGUGUGCAUUGUAACAAACUGAGUGCUGACGGCUAUGAUGUCACAAACCUGCUGUCGGGGGACCCGAGUGUUCGUGGGCGGGGCUUCAAGCUGGAGUACUUCCUGCGGCCGCCGGUGCAGGUGACGCUGCGUUUCCCGGUGCAGGUGGAGGUGUGCCGCGUGGACGUGGAGCUGUGGCCCCCUGGGAUGGACCUGGGCCAGGCGGCCCGAGGCCUGGAGGUCCUCACCUCCUCCGCGGCCCAGGACGGGGGCCAGUUCCUGCUGGUGGGACGCUGCAAGGUGAAGGACGAGGUGUCCGUCAUCUUCAGCGGGCCCCGCCCCCGGCCACGCCCGCCCUUCCCACCGGCCCCGCCCGACGCCCCGCCCGGGGCGCUGGGGGUGGAGUUGUGGAGCCGGGGGCCCAGGUCUCUGGGCGUCGUGACGCAGCUGCGCGUCAGCCUGCCGUAUGGGGGGGCAGGGUCGCCCCUGGGGCUGCGGGCGCUGGCUGUGUGGGGGCGCCCUGCUCACUGCUGCCCCCCGCUGGAGGUGGAGAGAAUAGCGCGGGCUCACACGGACAGCUUGAAGGUGUCUCAGCAUGAAUCCAGAUCCGCCACGCCCUGUCCCGAAUCGCUGCCCACCCCAGACCCCCCCGGUGCCAAACCCCCCAAUGACACCCCGGUCCCGGAGGAGUUUCUGGACCCCCUGACACAGGAACUGAUGUCGUUGCCCAUGCUGUUGCCAAGCGGUGCUGUGAUUGACAGCAGCACGCUGGAGACGUACCAGCGGCAGGAGGCCACCUGGGGGCGCCCUCCCAACGACCCCUUCACUGGGGUGCCCUUUUGCAGGGAUGCCCAGCCCCUGCCCUGCCCCCUGCUCAAAGGCCGAAUCGACCUGUUCCUGCUGCGGGGUGGGGGCGGGGCUGGGGGCGGGGCCACAGAGGGCCGGCUCGGACGUGCGGUGCAGCAGGAACAGCCACGCCCCUCCAGACUCGCCGACCACCCCUCUUCUCUUACUGGGGCCCCACCUGCCCCAGAUCCCAGCCACCCCCGGAUUUCAGGGGACACUCCCUCACCCCCUCCCGUGGGGCAGGACAGAGGGGUUCAAGGUGGAGGUUCGGACCCUGUCAGGGGGCAGGUGAAGCUAUCUGCCCCUGAUCGGGGUGUCGCCUCUGCCAGUGGGACAGCGGGGUCGAUCCUCUCCAGGAAACGCCCGCUGGAGGUACAGGGGAGAGGGGGGCGGAGCUCCGGGACUGGUGGAGCCCCUCCCCCCUCGGACUCCUGGACUACAGCAAAGAAAGUUCGGAAGGACACCCCUCCCCAGCCUGACUCCUGUUCGAGUAGCAGUUCCCAUGAGCAGCGUCUGGCAGACAGCUUGGACCAGGCAUUGAGCUCUGCCCUCAGAAACCUCCCAGCAUUCACUGCUCACCAAGCCGGCAAAUCAUGUGCCACGGAAAGCCAGGGAGGCGGGACCAAUACAGGUGAGAGCAGGUGUGCCCUGUGUGCCUGCCCCCUCUCUCAGUACCCCUCCUGCCCCCCCGCGUUCCGUCUGCCCUGUGGGCACCUGCUCUGCCGCCCCUGCCUGUCCCUCCAAGCCCCCUCAAAACCGCCCCGGCCUCCUCUGCUCUGCCCCGCCUGUAGAGCCCCCGCCCCAUCCAGCUCCAUCACACGUGUGCACUUCUGAGAGCUACACGGAUUCACCCCGACAACACGCGUGUGCACUCCUAAGAGCUACAUGGACUUACCCUGCCAUCACGCGUGUGCACUUCUGAGAGCUACAGGGACUCGCCUUGCUAACAUACGUGUGGGCCCGUGGCAGCACCCAGACUCAGUCCAAGUGCUCUACAUUGUACUGUAUCCACACCCACUUUCACUGUAAAUAAAAGAAAGUAAAUUAAGUAAA